AUGUAAAAGACAGCCAUGUUUACUUCAUACAGCGGCGCACAGGAAUGGUACCUCCCCAGCUGGAGAGUAGAAUCAAAAUAUUCUACCAACGUGCUCAUUGGCAACUGGCUGGAAGAAAGGCGAAAGUUUAUUCAAGAUCCUGAUAAAACCCGCAAGAGUGUCUAUGGAAAAGACUACGUUCGCUUUGCCACUGAGGUACCAGACCGAACAGUAAUGAGGAAACAUAAGAAGAAACUGGAGGGGCUGCCCAGAAAACAGAUAUUCUCUCAUCAUGACGAAGCCAAGCACCGACACUUAGUCACCCAAUACGAUGACCACUUCAACCGGCAUGGCUAUAACCCUUUGCUGCCGCCACUUCGCAAAUGGAGCAGACACAAAAUGGGUUGGCUUCCCGAGAAAUCGGAUUUCCCAGUUGCCGAGCCUCCCACAAACUAUGGCCUUUUUGAGCACCUGGUGAGGAAAUGGAGUCACAAAGAUCCGACUGCGAUGAACAGCAUCUACGCCGUCUCCUACCACAAGCCUCCAGUUUCUGCUUACCCUGAACACGUACAUCCCAUCACCACUCGCCUCCUUAAGUCCAGCCAUGAGCAUUUGCGCCCAAGAACUAUAGAUGCUUAUCUGUGAAAGGGCACCGAAAAUCUAUGUUUACGCACAACAGUGGU